CAACUUGUAUUUUUCGCAAACCACUGAAUUUAAUUCAUCUUACUUUGUUGGGGGGUGGGUGGGUCGGGAGCACCUGCCUCGAGGAUACAGCGGUCCAGCCGUCUCCUCUUUGCCGGAUCGGGAGUGAGACUCCCCGGCGGCGCAGGAGAGCGCCAUGGGAAACGGGAGAACCACUGCCACUUUUUGCAUGUCCACCUGAGGGCUUUUGUGGAUUAUCAACACGUUUUGUGUGUGUGUUUAAAAAAGAAGAAAAAGACGUAUCUUUGAUUUACUCGCUUUAAGAGGAGACUUUGUUCGGUCGCACGGACUCGUACGCCUGUGCCAAGGACUCUUCUUACUUUAUUUCCUACACCACGGUGUGGAUUUCGGCGAAGAGCCGCCAGGAUGGUCUCAUCCGACUGUUUCAGAUUGUUCGUUGUCAUCUUUGGUUGUUCAUCACUCACAAAUGGAUAUUUGGAGACAGAGCACUCGCCUAAGAUUCUGCCCUCUGACAAUCCUCUCAUUCGACCCAAGGACGAUUCGUUGAACCUAAUAUGCAGAGGUCAUGGGCUGCUGCACUGGACACUUGGUGAUCCCAGUCGAUCGAACUCAUCAGAGGGCGUGAAGGUGGAGCAGUGUGAUUCCCGACAUCACUCUCACUCACACUGCAGCAAACUGACAGUAUUAAGCUUAAUUGUCAAUGACACAGGAAGCUACAGCUGUAAAUACUCCAAGAAUGCUUUGGAACACAUCAGCUCCAUCUACAUCUACGUCACAGAUCCCGAGCAACCAUUUGUGGAGCCCCAUCAUCAGACAUAUAAAAUCUUGGGCAUCUACAGACAUGAGACCAGCCUGGUGGUUCCCUGCCGGACGUCCUCUCCUGAUGCUGUUGUUACACUCACAGGGCACCAACCUUUACCAGAGAAGGUCAUUAAGGAAAUGGUCUGGGAUCCGAAGGUUGGAUUCAAGAUUCCUUACGAUCCCAACACUGAGUAUAGCAUGCUCACCUGUAAAACCAUUGUCAACGGUCAUGAGUUCAAGUCAAUGUACAUCCCUAUAAGAACGACUCUUGUUCUUAAUAACGUGAAGAUCAGCCCAGAGCGUGUCAGAGUGUUGGUUGGAGACACCCUCGUGCUCAACUGUACGGGUGAGACAACCUACGGUGGAAGAAUCAACUUCACAUGGGAUUUUCCAAAGAAGAGUGAAAAUCAACACUAUACGAAGAAGACACCAGUCCGCCCUGCUCAGGUUCUUGUGAUGAGCAAGGCUUUAAUUUUGCCGAACAUUACCAUGGAGGAUAAGGGGGUGUACCGCUGCAACGCUGAGAUUGAACCCACGAAACACAAGAACAUCUCAGCAAGAGUCCUUGUCUUUGAGCAUCCAUUUCUCAAUGUCUCCUAUAAGCAUGAUCGGCCUAGUAAGGUGACUGUUAAAGAAGGUAAAAAGAAGCUUGUGUUUGACCCCAAGGUCAACGCUCUGCCAUCACCCGACAUGGUAGCAUGGUAUAAGGAUGGGGUCCCUAUCAACAAUAAUUCCACCUGUUACAAGAUGUCUGGUUACAACUUGAUCAUCAUUGAUGUGCAGCAGAAGCAUGCUGGGGUCUUCACCAUAAGCCUGGGCAACCAAGUGAGAGGCUUGUACAGGAAUCUGAGCUACACCCUGGUAGUCAACGUGAAACCAACUAUUUCUGAGGCAGAGCUUGCCACAGUGGACGUGCAGCCCUACAUGUUAGGCACACAGCAUCAGCUAACCUGCACUGCUUAUGGGAUACCCUUACCAAGCAUCACUUGGUUCUGGCAACCGUGUCACUCAGACCCUGCGUUUAUAGAUUGCAUUGAUUAUACCAAGACACUCCUGGUCAACAUUGAUGACAGGAGAAAUUACUCCCACAACUGGAUCAAGAGCAUAAAUGUUAAGCCUCAGCUGGUUAAAGGAAAAAACAAGACUGUGAGCACCUUGGCUAUAGGAGAGGCUACCGUGUCAGGAAAGUACUCAUGUAUGGCCCAGAAUGAAGACGGCAACAGCAUGAUGACUAUACCUUUCUACGUUGAUGAUCACCCAGAGGAAAUCACCAUUGAACCUCGGGCAGCCAUCGAGGGGGAUGACGUCAAUCUGACCUGUUGGGCAGCCCGCUACCUUUACAAAGACCUACACUGGUUGGAUUCCAGGAAUCAAACGAUCACUUCCAACGUGUCCAGUCUCCAUAUCAGCACCUACUCCAUUUCUCUUUCUCUCCAUCUGCAUAACGUGUCCCAAAUCAGCACAUCAGGUUACAAGUGCCAAGCAUACAAGCUCCACAAGAAGGUUGAACUCAAGACCGCUGCACUUGUUGUGGAUGUGAGAAAAAGACCCUGGCUGAGGCAAAAUCUGACAAAUCAAGAUGUGAACAGUAGCAGCACCCUGAUGCUGGCCUGCUUUGCUCUGGGAGUUCCUCGUCCGUACAUCAUGUGGUAUAAAAAUGGUGUUCAGGUGGAGGAAGGACCAGGUAUCACUCUGGAAGAGGAGGGUGUUCUGACCAUCGAGAGGGUGAAGAAAGAUGAUGAGGGUCUCUACGAGUGUAUAGCCAGCAAUGUUGAGGGUAUUGCAAAAACCAGUGCUGUUGUUACUGUGUUUGGGGACGAAGGGAAGGCGAACGUUGAGGUAAUCAUUUUGGUGUGUACGGGAGCUGCAGCCACGUUCCUCUGGCUCAUGCUUAUCCUCUUCAUCCGCAAGCUAAGGAAGCAACCGGCCCAAUAUAAGAUGGGACCGUCUAUCAUCAUUGACCCUGACGAGUGUCCACUCGAGGAGCAGAAUGAUCUUCUUCAGUACGACAGCAGUAAAUGGGAGUUUCCCCGGGACCGACUUCGACUAGGCAAAACUCUUGGCCAUGGAGCAUUUGGAAAAGUGGUGGAAGCUUCUGCCUUUGGGAUUGACAAGCUCUCAACCUGCAAGACGGUUGCUGUCAAAAUGUUGAAAGGAGGCGCUACGUCAAAUGAGCGGAAAGCUCUGAUGUCAGAGUUAAAGAUCCUGAUCCACAUUGGCCAUCACCUGAACGUGGUCAACCUGCUGGGAGCGUGCACGAAGCCUGGAGGCCCAUUGAUGAUGAUAGUGGAGUUCUGCAAGUACGGCAACUUGUCCAACUAUUUGAGAGGCAAGAGAGAUGACUUUCUCGUCUACAGGAGCCAGGACGGUAAGGUGGUGUCGUCGGGAUCGGGCUGCGAGCUGAGCGAGAUGAUGAAGCGCCGCCUGGAGAGCGUGGCCAGCACCGGAAGCUCAGCCAGCUCUGGCUUCAUCGAAGAUAAGAGCUACUGCGACUCAGAGGAAGAGGAAGAAGAAUCAGAGGAUUUAUAUAAGAGAGUCCUGACGUUGGAGGAUUUGAUCUGCUACAGUUUCCAAGUUGCAAAAGGCAUGGAGUUCUUGGCUUCACGCAAGUGCAUCCAUCGUGAUUUGGCUGCACGAAACAUCUUGCUAUCUGAGAAUAAUGUUGUGAAGAUUUGUGAUUUUGGACUUGCCAGAGACAUCUACAAAGACCCGGAUUAUGUUCGCAAAGGAGAUGCCAGACUGCCGCUCAAGUGGAUGGCACCUGAGGCCAUUUUUGACAAGAUCUACACGACUCAGAGUGACGUUUGGUCCUUUGGAGUUCUCAUAUGGGAGAUCUUCUCGCUGGGUGCCUCCCCGUACCCCGGCGUCCAAAUUGACGAAGAAUUCUUCUGCCGGCUGAAAGAAGGGACCAGGAUGAGAGCACCAGAAUACUCUUCUUCUGAAAUAUAUCAGACCAUGUUGGACUGCUGGCAUGGGGAGCCACAGGAGCGACCGACCUUCAUUGAGCUGGUGGAACAGCUGGGAGAUCUGCUUCAGGCCAGCGUGCAACAGGAGGGGAAGCACUACAUACCCAUCAACACUUUCCUGCUGGCGAAGGUGGGAGAGCUGUCCACCACUGUGCCGUCAGAGGAGACGCCCGGACGACCUGUAACCCCCCGUGACUCAGGGAGCACAUGGAACAUCAAGAUUCGUCCUGCUAGUGUGAAAACCUUCGACGAGGUUACCAUGGAGGACGGGACCAAUGAGAACCUGGAGGGCGGUCAGUCAGACAGCGGGAUGGGCCUGUCGUCUGACAACAUGGAGACUCUGAAGCGCCUCGAAUCCCUGGCUGGCCGACCGCUGAGCAUCAUGGCUCUGGCGAUGAAGGCGGUGAGUAAGAGUAAAGAGUCUGUAAAGAGUGACACAGAGAGGGAGAAGUUCCUCCCCCCCGUUUCCUCUCUGGACUUCAGUCUGGACGACUCGGCCCUGGACGCUGGUCUGGAGUGCCACAGCCCGCCGCCUGACUACAACGACGUGGUGCGCUACUCCACCCCCCCGGUGUAAGCCCCAGCUCCGGCCCCGGAGAACCUGACCGACAGCCUGGAGUCCUUUGCUUUGUCCCGCUCUGUUCCCACUCUCGUCUCUGGACUGUAACAAAGUCUGAGAGGAAAACACCAGAGAAUCCCUCUUCGAGUGUUGAGACGGGACGUUCUGAAUUGAACCAUGAAUCUACCCGACUGUAACUUCCAACUUCAAGGGCGUCUGCUGAGCAGCAAAAGGAAAUCUGUAGACGGUUGAUUCCGUUCCAGUUUUCAGAAGCAGGCGGACGUUAAAGCCGCCGGUCCGUUCCACAUUCACUGUGAUAUGUCAAACAGCUGGAAGCAGCCUCAGGUAUUUCUGUCAUCUACUGUGAAAACGAACCCCAAUGACUCCCACUUUACUCCUUUCAUGAGGAUGAACAACAUCCAGAACAAACUAAAAGAGAGAGAGAGCAUAGCUCAGGCUGUUCAAGUUUAUAUUGAAACCUUUUUAUGAAAAGUAAUUUGUGCCAAAAAAACUUAAAGAGAAAAGGUUUUUGUAAUGUAGCUACAUCCACUCAUAUUCAGAUUUUAAAAAAAAUAUAGCAUUGAUUAGGAAUUAUGAAAAAGUCUCUGAUUUGAGGUGCCAUAGAUCCUUUCAUUUCAUACAGAUAUCAGCGCAACUAACUCAGGUGGACCCAGAGGGACUGUUUGUUGUUUUACUCUCUGGGUUUUGGAGGUUAACGGAGGAACAGGGGGAGCUGAGAGAGCAGGAGGCUUCAGAGGUACCAGGAACGCUCUGAAGUCAAGAGUUACUGUAAAUGUGGGUUCCUCUUCCUCGUGGCAAAGGAACUCAAAUGCUCUGUUAUUUCUGUUUGGUCAAACUGAAAGUGAGAUGAAAAUCUAAUUGUGUAUGUGUAUUUAUUUAGAUUGUGAACACUGUCACUUAGUACUCCAGUUCUGUUUCUUCAGUUAGAUUCAUAGUUAAAGGUUAACCAAAGGAUUGUCCAGCUCAUCUUCCUCAUAUCAACAUAUAGUUUCCCAACUCUUCGCUCCAGAUGUAUACGUUUGUGCUGCUGAGGGAACGCGUCCUUCUCCUCGUGCUGCGUGUUGGUGAAGCUCGCAGGGCGAGCGACGACAACUCUCAUGGGGAGGACUGAACGUGUCAAAUCAAGCAUUUUGUUUCUAAUACGUAUGAAAGCUCUGAGGCCCAAACGCAGUGCACAGGCCCUGAAUGCAGCGCAGUGCACAGGCCCUGAAUGCAGCGCAGUGCACAGGCCCUGAACGCAGCACAGUGCCUUGGCCACUACAGAAAACAGUAUUUGUCGGUGAGUAAACUGUAAACUUUAAAGCAGACAUUUUGAACCCCUUGUGUAUUUCCAAAUCCAAUGUAUUGUGUUUAUGUGGAGAUGAUUAUGCACUGAUACUUUAUAUCAAGUAUAGUUUUUGUAUUCUAAAGGUAUAUUAUUGUGAAACAGUGUUAAGGAUCACAUGUUACAAAGAUUUCCAAUUUAUUUUUGCUUUUAAUUUAACUCUUAACUUUGGUGCCUAGUAGGAAAUUAACAUUUGCAAUAUGUUAUUUUAUGUUCACUAUUCGUCUGAUAUUUCAUAAUUGGUUCUAUCAUUUAAUUACUGCUAUCAAAUAACAUUCAAUGGAUUUUAUUGCAUUUUUUCAUUCAUAAAUAACCUUGAGUAAUAAAACCUAUCUAUCUGUUAGUUUUGUUGAAAGUAUUGUUAAAACUGUUAACUGAGCAUAUGAAGUAAAUAAACGAAUAAAGAUCUAUAUAUUUAUACUUUA